GUGCGUUCAGUAAAUAGCAUGGCGGGCUGUCAUUGACGACCGCUGACUUCUUCCUCUGACUCCUCCGCUCACUCUACUCUCAGCAGACCAGACAUCAUCUUCCUCCAUUUCGCCGGCCCUUCACGAGCCGCUCUAUGGCUACCUCCGCCGGCGCCGACCAACCCAUAACCCCCGCCACCACCCGCAUCGGCUGGAUCGGCACCGGCGUCAUGGGCUGCUCCAUGUGCGCUCACUUCCUCAAAGCCGGCUACUCCCUCACCGUCUUCAACCGAACCCUGUCCAAGGCCCAACCCCUCCUCGACCUCGGCGCCCAGCUCGGCUCCACCCCCAGCUCCGUCGCCGCCCAGUCGGACGUCGUCUUCUCCAUCGUCGGCUUCCCCUCCGACGUGCGCUCCGUCCUCCUCGACCCCACUUCCGGCGCCCUCUCCGGCCUCAGGCCUGGCGGCGUCCUUGUCGACAUGACCACAUCGGACCCCUCCCUUGCGGUCGAGAUCUCCUCCGCCGCCGCCUCCAAGGGCUGCUCCGCUGUUGACGCUCCUGUAUCCGGUGGCGACCGCGGUGCCCGGAACGGAACCCUGGCCAUAUUUGCCGGCGGGGACUCACCCACCAUCCGCCGCCUCGAGCCGCUGCUCUCCCUCCUGGGGAAGGUGAACCACAUGGGUGGCCCGGGGAAGGGCCAAUUCGCGAAAUUGGCCAAUCAGACCAUAGUCGCCUCCACCAUGGUGGGCCUGAUCGAGGGCAUGGUAUACGCCCAUAAGGCCGGGCUCGAUGUCUUGUCAUGGCUGAGCGCGAUAUCGACAGGGGCUGCAGGCUCCAAGUUACUCGAGGCACACGGGGCGAAGAUCCUGAAGAGGGACUUCGACCCCGGGUUUUACGUGAACCACUUCGUGAAGGACUUGGGGAUUUGCCUCAGGGAAUGCGAGAGGAUGGGGAUGGCGCUCCCCGGGCUUGCCCUCGCCCAGCAGUUCUAUGUGUCCCUCAAGGCCCACGGGGACGGCAAUUUGGGGACUCAAGCUCUGGUCUUGGUCCUUGAGAGGCUCAACAAUGUCUCCCUCGAAAAUGCACCUGCGACAUAGGUCGGUGAAUAUGAUACACCGUAGUUGUGAUAUUGGUAUUUUGUCUGUCAUGUUUGGUACGAGAGUACAUAAGAAUGAAAAAAAAAAUGAGAGAUACAUAGGAUUGGCAAGCAGAAUGUUUGGACUCUGGAAUCGAUUACGCUGCACGUUGGGAGUUUAUCUCCACUCCACUGUAAGUCUGUAACGUAAUUGCUCUUCGUGCGUAUCGCUGCAAUUGUAUGGACCAUAAUUUGCAGUCGCAGUCACAAUCUUACCGAUAUAUGUCUCUUUGUUUUCCGUAGGUAAUUUUAUUGGGAUAUUAUCAUGA